AUGGCAGAGUAUCUCGGGCGUGCUCGGCUUAUUGUUGGUGAGCCUGGUUUCUUCAUUGGGAUUGAAACAGUCAAGUGUGCAGAUGGAGUGUUGCUUUCUCAGCACUGCAAACCUGUGUCUACACCUACUACGACCUCAAGGACAAUCUCUACCUGUACAGAUCCAUAUGAUGAUCCCACGCAAUACCGAAGCAUUGCAGGUGCGCUGCAGUACCUGACUGUCACAAGGCCAGAUUUGUCCUUUGCCGUUAAUCUGCUUUGUCAGCACAUGCAUGCUCCAACCACUGCUCACUGGGAGCAACUGAAACGUGUUUUAAGGUACGUCAAAGGUACUCUGGAUUUGGGUUUGCGUUUGCGGAAGUCCAAUUCAGUGUCCUGGGUGUGCAAGAAACAGAGGACUGUUGCUAGAUCUUCUACUGAAGCGAAGUACAAAGCUCUUGCAGAUGUAUGUGCUGAGGUCCCCGGUUCUGCUUUUUACGAGACAAGCUUUAGGUUACUUCCGUACCAUCCGCUUGAGGGGGAGUAUUAG